AUGCUUUACUUAUAAAAUAAACUGAAAAUCCGGUAUGCAAUAAAAUAAACUAUACAGUUAAACAUUAUUAACGACGAUUAGAUUUAUUUAUCUUAUGGUUCUACUUUCCAAUCUCAAGAAAAAUGGUGAAAUUAACAACAGAACUCAUUCAAAACUCAAUGCAAUAUAUGAAUCCAUGCCGAGAUCGUGAGUUGGAUCUUAGAGGAUAUAAAAUACCGCAAAUAGAAAAUCUGGGAGCUACCUUGGAUCAGUUUGAUACAAUCGAUUUCUCAGCUAACGAUGUUCGUAAACUUGAUGGAUUUCCACUGUUAAAAAGAUUAAAAUGUUUGUUUUUUAAUAAUAACCGUAUAGUGAGAAUAGGUGAAAAUCUGGAACAAUACCUUCCGAAUUUGGAGUCUCUAAUUUUAACAAAUAACAAUAUUGUUGAAUUGGGGGACUUAGAUCCUUUGAUAACACUACCUAAAUUAAAAACAUUAUCACUGAUGCACAAUCCCGUGGCCAAUAAACAACAUUACAGAGCCUAUGUAGCAUUUAAAUUCCCAGAACUAAGAUUGCUAGAUUUCAGAAAGAUUAAGCAAAAAGAAAGGGAUGAGGCAAAUACCUUAUUCAAGAGUAAAAAAGGCAAGGAAAUGCAAAAAGAAAUUUCAAGAAAAGCAAAAACAUUUGUACCUGGAGGGAAUAUGCCUGAUCCUAAAGUUACAAAUUUGAAUCCUCAAGAGAUUCAUAAGAUUAGAGAGGCUAUCAAGAAUGCUUCAUCCUUGCAAGAGGUUGAAAGACUAACAAGAAUGUUGCAGUCGGGACAAAUUCCAGGACAGAAGCCAUUGCAACCUCCAACUCAGACAAAUGGUCAACAAAAUGAGGAAGAAGAAAUGGAGACUGAACAAACUGGAAAUUGAUGAAAGCCCUUAUAAUUCAUUAUUUUUAAUAGCUGUAAGAACAGAUAUUACAUUAAGGUUGUAAUACUCGUGUUUCCAUUGCAAACUUCAACCUGAAAACCGUAACUUUCUAGAUUUUUAGCUACAAGAACAGAUGCUAAUAAAAAUAAUGCUUUUUGCGUUAUUUUAAGUAUUAAGGUGUUAAGAACAGAUGGUAACAAUCAGUUUAUUUUGCUACAAAAGACAGAUACUGCAAUUGCGACACUAAAAAUGAAUCAUAAAACAAAUCUUGAUACAUAAUAGUAUUGUUUGUGCUUUGGUUCAAGGGUGUGUAUGAACUCAUUUGUGCCAAAUUGCAUUUAUUUUUAUUACAUGCUAAUCAAUCUAUACUAAGUACUAAACUUAACAACCACCAACUAAAUAUUAAAAUGCCAAGGGUGAUGGUGAAUCAAACUCUUUGGUAAUUAUUAAAAUCUGGUAGAUGAAUUAAAAAAUGUCUGUUAAUAGUGAAUUUUAACUAGAAGUGGUACAAAUCAGGAUCAGUUCAACACAAAUAUUGGUAAAAAUAUUUUGUGCCUAUAAGUAAAGGUGGGUAUAGCACAAACAUGUAUACUAAAAUGUAUACUACUCUGUUCUAUAUUUGUAUAGCAUUCCUGCUUAGUAUUUUUUUUAUUGCUUCUAACCAUAAAGUAGUUGGUUUGUCAUGUUUUUUGUGUUACCUCAUUACCUGAAGCAACAUUUAAACCAAAUUACGAAAUCAGUGACCAACUAAUAUGAAGUUCAAAGCAUUUUUAGUGCAGUGCAAAGUUCUAUAUUUUUCCAAGAAAUAAAAACAUUAAAAGCAA